UGUAGAGAGUGCCAUGCGAUUCAAGCGGUGAGUGCUCUGUUGGUUUACUUCGAGGAUUUUGCGCAGAAUUAUAACUAAUUAACAAAUAAUUAUAGGCCUAUAUGGUAACCGCGGGAAAAAGAACUGCACGUGGUUGUGGAUGUAACUGUUGCACUUUAAAUACAGACAUGAACCACUGAACUGAGACAGACAAAGGACUGCAAUAAGCUCACGUGACGAGCUCUAUUCUCCCAUCACCAAAAGAUCUCCAUCAUGACACCCAAAUGGCUGGUGGUAUUUGUCCUUUUUCUACACUCUGGGACUACCAAUACAUUCCCCAUGGCCCCGACCAAGCUCCCCCCUGAGACAGGCACCUACAGGGUCACAGACACCAGCCUGACUCAUCUCACAGUGCACAGCCGGACGGGAGAGGUCUAUGUGGGAGCAGUGAACCGCGUCUUCAAGCUGUCUGCCAACCUAACAGAGCUGCGUUCACACAUGACUGGCCCCGUGGAUGACAACGCCAAAUGUUACCCCCCUCCCAGCGUCCGAGCCUGUGCACACAAACUGGAGUCCUCUGACAACGUCAACAAGUUGCUGCUGGUUGACUACGCUGGCAACCGCCUGGUAGCAUGUGGAAGCAUCUGGCAGGGCGUGUGUCAGUUCYUGCGACUGGAGGACCUCUUCAAGCUGGGAGAGCCCCAUCACCGCAAGGAGCACUACCUCUCUGGAGCCAGGGAGGCCGACGGCAUGGCAGGAGUGGUGGUUGACAGUACAGAAGGGAAGUGGAAGAAUGAGAAGAAGGGGGGCAGCCGGCUGUUUAUCGGGGCAGCCAUCGAUGGCAAGUCAGAGUAUUUCCCUACCCUGUCCAGCCGUAAACUGGUCACUGAUGAAGARAGUGUUAACAUGUUCAGUCUGGUCUACCAGGACGAGUUUGUGUCCUCACAAAUCAAGAUACCCUCCGACACCCUGUCCCUCUACCCGGCGUUUGACAUCUAUUACGUGUAUGGAUUCUCCAGCCGUACCUACAUCUAUUUCCUGACGUUGCAGCUGGACACACAGCUCACCCAGAUGGAUGCCACCGGGGAAAAGUUCUUCACCUCCAAGAUAGUGCGGAUGUGUUCCAACGACACCGAGUUCUAUUCUUACGUGGAGUUCCCCCUGGGCUGCACCAAGGAUGGGGUGGAGUACCGGCUGGUUCAGUCCGCCUACAAGCACCGUCCAGGUCGGAUGCUGGCCCAGGCCUUGGGGCUGUCUGAGGACGAGGAUGUGCUGUUUGUCGUGUUCUCCCAGGGCCAGAAGAACCGGGCCAACCCGCCUCGGGAAACAGUCCUGUGUCUCUUUACCCUGCAUCAGAUCAACCUGGCUAUGAGGGAGAGGAUCAAGUCAUGUUACCGUGGGGAGGGCAAGCUGUCCCUGCCCUGGCUGCUCAACAAGGAGCUCCCCUGCAUCAACACGCCGAAGCAGAUUGGUGAUGACUUCUGUGGGCUGGUGUUGAACCAACCUCUCGGGGGUCUGCGGGUGAUAGAAGGGACCCCUCUCUACGACGACGGCGUGGACGGUAUGGGAGCGGUAACAGCCUACACCUAUGGWGAUCACUCAGUGGUGUUUGUGGGAACCCGAAGUGGACGCCUCAAAAAGAUCCGAGUAGAUGGCAUACCUCCCCCGUCCCAGAGUGCUUUGCUGUAUGAGACUGUUACAGUGGAUGAAGGGAAACCUAUUCUGCGUGACAUGGUCUUCAGCCCUGACUACCAAUACAUCUACAUGCUAAGUGACAAACAGGUGAGCCGGUUACCUGUGGAGAGCUGUGGCCAGUACACCACCUGUAAAACCUGUCUGGGCUCUGGAGACCCCCACUGUGGAUGGUGUGUACUUCACAACAAGCAGCAGCUGCUCUCUCCCUCCCUCCCUUUCUCUCUAUCUCACCCUCCCUCUUUCUCUCACCUCUCCUCCCUCCAGCUGAGUGUGAGAGUGAUCAACGUGCCCAGCCUGUCAGCCGGGGUGACAUGUGUGUUUGAGGAGCUGACAGAGAGCCCAGGGGAGGUACUGGCCAAGGGGCAGGUCCUCUGUAUGUCCCCCUCCCUCAGAGAUGUCCCCUCCCUCACACAGGGAUACGGGGACAAGAGAGUGCUAAAGCUUUCCCUGAAGUCCAAGGAGACAGGGCACAAAUUCAUCACCACUGACUUCAUCUACUACAACUGCAGCGUGCUCCAGUCGUGCACCUCAUGCGUGAGCAGCCCCUUCCCCUGCAACUGGUGUAAAUACCGCCACAUCUGCACCAACAACCUGGUAGUGCUCUUCCAGGAGGCGAGCGUCAGCAGCGUGGAGGGCUGUCCCCAGAUCCUGCCCACCAGUGACAUUCUGGUACCUGCAGGGAUCAUUCGUCCAAUCACGCUGCGAGCCCGGAACCUUCCUCAGCCCCAGUCUGGACAGAAGAACUAUGAGUGUGUGUUUAACAUCCAGGGCAAGAUGCAACGCAUCCCAGCUGUACGCUUCAACAGCUCCUGUAUCCAGUGCCAGAACACCUCUUACUGGUAUGAUGGGGACGAGACGGGAGACCUGCCUGUUGACUUCUCUAUCGUCUGGGAUGGAGACUUCUUCAUCGACAAGCCUCCCACCAUGAGAGCCCUGCUAUAUAAGUGCGAGGCCCAGAGGGACAGCUGUGGCCUGUGUCUGAAGGCCAGCACAGCGUUUGAGUGUGGCUGGUGCCUGGACAACAAGAAGUGUCUCCUGAGGCAGCACUGCCAGACGCCGGAACAGAACUGGAUGUACCAUGGCAGGCACAACGUCCGCUGCAGCCACCCCCGCAUCACCAAGAUCCGCCCGCUGACGGGGCCCAAAGAGGGGGGCACGCGAGUGACAAUCGAGGGCGAGAAUCUUGGGCUGCAGGUGCGUGAGAUUGCCCACGUUCAGGUGGCUGGGGUUCGCUGUAACCCUGUGCCCUCCGAGUACAUCAGCGCUGAGAGGAUUGUGUGUGACAUGGCCGAAGCGCUGCUGCCCCACUCUCCAGGCGGUCCGGUGGAGCUGUGUAUCGGGGUGUGCAGUGCAGAGUACCGCACCCAAUCCUCCCAGACUUACUCCUUCGUGACCCCCAGCUUCAACCAUGUGCGCCCGGAGAAGGGCCCCGUGUCCGGGGGGACCCGGCUGACAAUAUCAGGCCAUCAUCUGGACGCUGGUAGCACCGUCACUGUGUUCAUCGCCCAGGAGGAGUGUCUGUUUGUUAAGAGGACCAACAGGGACAUUGUGUGUGUGACACCGUCGUCCCUGUCUGGCUCAGGGCCUGCGUCAAUCAAAUUGUUAAUCGACAAAGCUGAGGUCACCAGCAGUGACACACACUACAUCUACACAGAGGACCCCACCAUCUCCAGCAUCGAGCCCAACUGGAGUAUAGUGAAUGGUAGCACCUUGAUCACCGUCACAGGUACCAACCUGCUCACCAUCCAGGAGCCCAAAGUCCGUGCCAAGUAUGCAGGAAUACAGACUACUAAUGUGUGCACUGUGGUGAAUGACUCUGUGAUGACCUGUCUGGCCCCGGGUAUCAUUUACACCAAGCACCAGGCCCCAGAGUCAGGCCUGCACCCCGACGAGUACGGCUUCAUCCUGGAUCACGUGGCUGCGCUGCUCGUCCUCAACGGGACACCUUUCACCUACUACCCCAACCCCACCUUCGAAACACUAGGGAACUCUGGGAUAAUGGAGGUCAAGCCCGGCUCUCCCAUUAUCCUCAAAGGCAAGAAUUUGAUUCCCCCUGCUCCGGGCAACACCCGGCUGAACUACAGCGUGAUGAUUGGUGAAACGCCCUGUCUGUUAACUGUCUCGGAGUCUCAGCUGCUCUGUGAUUCGCCAGACCUGACCGGGGAGCAGAGAGUCGUGAUCGUGGUGGGUGGUUUGGAGUACUCCCCAGGAACACUACACAUCUACUCCGACAGCACCCUUACCUUACCGGCCAUCAUCGGGAUCGGAGCGGGAGGAGGGGUGCUUCUCAUCGCCAUCAUCGCCGUGCUCAUCGCCUACAAGAGGAAGACCCGGGAUGCUGACCGCACCCUGAAACGCUUGCAGCUGCAGAUGGACAACCUGGAGUCCAGAGUGGCCCUGGAGUGUAAAGAAGCAUUCGCUGAGCUACAGACAGACAUCCAGGAGCUGACCAAUGACAUGGACGGAGUGAAGAUCCCCUUCCUGGAGUACCGCACCUACACCAUGAGAGUCAUGUUCCCCGGCAUCGAGGAGCACCCCGUCCUCAAGGAGCUGGAUUCCCCGGCCAAUGUGGAGAAAGCCCUGCGUCUGUUCAGCCAGCUGCUGCACAGUAAGAUGUUUCUGCUGACCUUCAUCCAUACCCUGGAGGCCCAGAGGUCCUUCUCCAUGCGGGACCGAGGAAAUGUGGCCUCUCUGCUCAUGGCCGCUCUGCAGGGCCGCAUGGAGUACGCCACCAUGGUACUUAAACAGUUGCUGGCUGACCUCAUAGAGAAGAACCUGGAGAACCGCAACCAUCCUAAACUGCUGCUCCGACGGACGGAGUCGGUGGCUGAGAAGAUGCUCACCAACUGGUUUACGUUCCUGCUGCAUCGCUUCCUCAAGGAGUGUGCUGGGGAGCCUCUGUUCAUGCUGUUCUGUGCCAUCAAGCAGCAGAUGGAGAAGGGGCCUAUAGACGCCAUCACAGGAGAGGCGCGCUACUCCCUCAGUGAGGACAAGCUCAUCCGCCAGCAGAUUGACUACAAACAGCUGACUCUGAUGUGUAUCCCUCCGGAGGGAGAGGCAGGCACCGAGGUCCCGGUGAAGGUGCUGAACUGUGACACGGUCACUCAGGUGAGAGAACAGCUGCUGGCCGCUGUGUACAAGGGCAUCUCCUACUCCCAGAGACCUCAGGCUGAUGAUAUGGACCUGGAGUGGCGACAAGGAAGACUGACUAGAAUUAUCCUUCAGAAUGGAGUCACCACAAAGAUUGAGAGUGACUGGAAGAGGCUCAACACCCUGGCCCACUACCAGGUGGCAGAUGGGUCUUUGGUAGCCCUGGUCCAGAAGCAGGUCUCUGCCUACAACAUCGCCAACUCUUUUACAUUCACCCGCUCUCUGAGCCGUUAUGAGAGUCUCCUGAGGACGUCCAGCAGCCCAGACAGCCUGCGCUCCCGGGCCCCCAUGAUCACCCCUGACCAGGAGACUGGCACCAAGCUUUGGCACCUGGUCAAGAAUCACGAGCAUGCUGACCAACGGGAAGGCGACCGCGGCAGCAAGAUGGUGUCUGAGAUCUAUCUCACCCGCCUACUGGCCACCAAGGGAACUCUGCAGAAGUUUGUGGAUGACCUUUUUGAGACGGUGUUCAGCACGGCCCACCGCGGCAGUGCCCUCCCUCUGGCCAUCAAGUACAUGUUUGACUUCCUGGACGAGCAGGCCGACAAGAGGCAGAUCACUGACCCUGAUGUCCGCCACACCUGGAAGAGCAACUGUCUGCCUCUGCGGUUCUGGGUAAACGUGAUCAAGAACCCCCAGUUUGUGUUUGACAUCCAUAAGAGCAGCAUCACAGACGCCUGUCUGUCUGUGGUGGCCCAGACCUUCAUGGACUCCUGCUCCACCUCCGAACACCGCCUGGGCAAGGACUCUCCCUCCAACAAGCUGCUGUACGCUAAAGACAUCCCCAACUACAAGAGCUGGGUGGAGAGGUACUACAGAGAUAUCAGUAAGAUGCCUACCAUCAGUGACCAGGACAUGGAGGCCUAUCUGGUGGAGCAGUCUCGUCUCCAUGGCACCGAGUUCAACACUCUCAGUGCUCUCAGUGAGCUCUACUUCUACAUCAACAAGUACAAAGAGGAGAUUUUGACCGCACUAGACAGGGAUGGGUACUGCCGCAAACACAAGCUGCGACACAAACUGGAACAAGCCAUUAACCUGAUGUCGGGCAGCAGCUGAGGACAGAGGAUGGAACAGGGGGCAGGGGUCGGGAAGAGAAGGGGGAAAUGGGGGUUUGGUUGAACUGGUGAACGGACCUGUGUUGGAGCAUCCACAGCUUGUGCAAUUAAGAAAGAGGACAUAAGACACUGGACAAUCAACACAACGAACCACAGCACAUUGAGCCCAAUGUCUACAGACCAGAUUCUGUGCCCAAUAUCCUCACUAUCCUCAAACUUCUACCUGCCAUUGCCAGUGAGACAUUCUGAGUUGUUUUUUUCUCCACACUGGCCUUUUCAAUGGCAGACUCUAGUAACUGCCUAAUCUAAUGGAAGAGGACUGCUGUGGAUAACUACCAGAUACAUUCCAAUAGAGGCAUACAGUAAGUUGCCUUGGAAACUGUGCUGAACUGCCAAGCUAGUGCCAUGGGAAGAGUAGCUUUUGGUCUGCGAUAAUAAUUGUACAAAAUGCUGAAAAGUAACAUUUAGGUGUGGACUGUAGAUUUGAUCUUGAAAUGUAUGGGUCUUACCACAAGUAUGGUAUGGUACAAGUACUAGACUAUAACCUCUUGGCCCCAAAGGAAAGCCUUGAGGCUCUGUUUUGUUGUGUUAGGGUUGGAGGUUCAAUGCCAGUACGUGAUGAAGGAGGCAGUGUAUGGCCAAAAGACACCAAAUUCUAGAAGCAUCAGAGGCCUGAUUAAGUGACAAAUUGAGGGGCGUGUUGGGGCUGAGGGGUGGCCAUCCCCCUCGUCUCUCAAAUGCCAUAGCUACAAAGCGCCUUUUUCUUUUAUUUAUUUAUUUUUUAUUCGGGCCAAAUGGAUGUUAGCUGAUGGCUCAGAGUCCAGAGUUUUAAAACUUGCCUUUUGUGUUGCAGUCAAGCAGGAAGUGAAGCCCUUUCCUCAUGGACGUUCCACCCUAGUAACUGUCCAGCUAAUUGUACUCAGAAUAUUGUUUUAGUCUGCUCCACUGUGAAUCUGAUCUGUCGGGGUCCCAGAGGUUCCCGUCCAGAACUCAGGGCUACUGCUGUCGUGGAAACAACCUUUAUAACCCAUAUCAAACAUCCUAAAAGUAGUUGAUCCGUUAACAGCAAUAGGUCUAGUAAUAAAACAGCAAGCCAUGUUUCAUUAGAUUACACACCAAAAAAACACAGUUCCGUUAGAGACUCUCUAUCUUGCGAUAAUCAUUCUGUGAAAAUCGUCUUUCUCUUCCCGAUGUUUGCCAUUAUUACAAAUGACAGCUUGAACAUAAUGUUUAACGCAACACCAAACACAACAGACGGGAUAACAGUAUAGAUUUUUAUGUUUUAAAUGCUGUCUAAAUAAAAUACUUGCUUAUGUGUAUGUGAGUUCACUUCUGGUAGGUCAUCCAUGGUAGUUUAUGGGGGGAAAAGMCUCUAUUUGCUGUCUAUGUUAACAUUACCAUACUAAGCAUUGUUCAGAAGAAGAGAGAGGUUACUGUGUUGAAUACUGAUUUCCAACCCAGGAGACCUUCAUCCUUCAUUCUGUUUACCCUACGGUCCCAUAGAGCCAGUAGCAGUAGGCCGAUCUGUAGGUUCUGAUCAGAUGGUAAAUGCCCAUUUUCUCUGUUGACUCCUUCCACGACAGACAGUAGAAGAUCUGUAUUUUUCAGUGGUGGUACAGCAGCUUACUGUGUACACUCCCAUGUCCCCUCUCCAUACUCCUCUCUCUGCUGGGAGGAAAUACAGUCUGGUAGGCUUAUACCUGAAUAUUAUUUGAGUACAUUUACAUGAUGGUUCUGAGUUCAGUCCUCUCCAACGAUUAAGUAUUUAUUGUUUUGCCUUUAUUUAUUUCAUAUUUAUUUUCAUUUUACACAAGAAUGAAAUCUCUUGUUUUGUACAGUGUUUGACUGAACAUACCUGAACACAGUUGAUGUCCUCUGUACUACAGGUAUACUGUAUAUGUCAAGUCUCUAACACAGUUGCAAGAGUCUUUUCAAUGCCAAUUCACACACAGGACCGGGUUCAUUUAGGAUACAUUCGUACAUUCAGUAAAUAACAGAAUCCCUUCACAUCCAUAACUGAAAAAUAAGACUGUGAUCGCUACAUCACGUGUUCAGUGACAACCGUGAGGAAUGACCAAAGGAGGCACAGAGAAGAAUCAAAUGAUCACUCUCUUGUCUUUGGGUUGAAUAAUGCCAUACGGCUUGACCCACACAUUACAAUACAUUGUUAACCAUAGAUUAUAUCAUGUUUUAAAUUUCAGGUACAAACAUAUCUUUAAAAGAUUGUUCAUUGAAUAGGAUAAAGCCUCAAAUUACAAUGUUCUCCCAUAACUAAUGGUAGACAAAUAUGUAUUUCUACUACUAAACCCAGAGGUUUGUGGUAGUCCAAAUCCUGAAUAUAAAUUCAGUAUAUCUGUUCUUUUUAUCCAUCAAGUCCCCAAAGAUUAAAUACAAUUUAGUAAAUGAAACCAAUACUUUGGUUUAUCAAUGUACAGGUGUUAACCCUCUAGAGUCUAGAUGCUGGGUGUUGUUUUGUGUUGGGACCUUAAACACAGUGACGCUCUGUUUUCUAUGUAGAUUAAAUGGCUCUGAAACUAACUAAUUACUGUAGAAUAAUUAAACUUGCUUAUCAGUCCAGGAGCGAAAGAGCCAUUAGUAUACCUUUUCAAAACCCAUUAAAUCCACACCAGAAGAAAUACUUAUUUUUCUACAUGGAAGAUACAUAUUGUAGAUAAGCACCAAAUCAAUUUAGAAUUUGGCCUUGGAACUCUAAGCGAAAUACAUUCUCAAAUAAAACUGGAGCUCAUUAGCAUUUUAAGAGCUGCAGGAGGAUAAUUAAGGAUAAUAGGUUUCACCAUCCUGGUGUUAUUUUUGUGCAGAGAAAUGGGGUCAGUGUAUCUGGAUCUAGGUCUGGUGUGGAUCUCACCGUCCACCGUGUGUGAAAAGGACUCAGUCAGAAAUGACUUCCAGCUUGCCAGAGCUGCCCUGUCAGCAUUGCAGGUGUAUUGCAGAUAUCAACGCUCUGUUUGAGCCGUUUUCUAAAAUCAUAGCUUAUCAUAAAUCUGAAAGAGAACAUCUUGAAUUUUGACUUAGUAUCUCUUGGUUAACGCCAUCUCAUAGGGUUUGAAACUGGUUAAAAUAGUAAGUAUAACACGGUAUCAGGUUUCUUGGGUGAAAUCUGUAAUCAUAUCCAAAGUAGGCCUACAGUUUGGUGAUUGGGCUGUGGAACUCAGAGCCACUGCAGACACGUCAGUAUGUCUGGUUUUGUAAUGUUGUAUAAACAGGAAGAUAAAAAAAGCACCUGUAACAUGUAAGGAAGAAAAGAGUGAGUGCAAACCUGUGAUGUUUCUAAGUAGAUACUGUAGAACUAUUACAUUAUAGUCGGUGUUCUAGUAAAAAAACAAAAACAUUUGUCUCAGAUAAAUUGAUUCUAAUUUAUUUGUUGGUUUUGUCUGUUUAUCCCAAAUGUUUUAAUCGAUUUAACGUAACAAACUUGUUUACAGCUUCAAAGAUAUAUGGAAUUUAUUAACUUAGUCUGAAGAGGAAGUAGCUUUGUGACUGACUGGCUGAUUGACUGACGGAUGAUUGCUCUGCCUAGUCCUUAAUUCUAUAUAAAUAUAUAAAUAUAUUUUGUAUAAUUAUUUGUUUAAAAUGUUUCUUUUUAAAUUAUUGUUUUUGGUUUUAUAUUUUAUUUUGUUACUUUGAAGGAGUUGUAGGAAUGAGUCCUUUAAAACGCUGGCUACAAUGAAGUGUUUUGUAUAUAUUUGCACUUUUUUUUACUCAGUCGGAGAGGUUUUUGAAAGAUUGGAUUCUAACUUAAUGUUGAAAUGACAAGCAUGGUGUUUUGUUUUGCUAAUUAAAAUAUGUGGAUGAUGCUGUAUGUU